UGUACCCUCCGCACCAUUACUCUUAAACCAAAGUUUUCGCUGGAAAAUGAGGAGCUCUUUUGCUUCAGUGGCAGCUCUUCUUUACAUUUGUCUUGCUCUGAUAUUGCCGGAGUUUGCAGCCGGUAUAACAAGGCACUACACCUUCAAUAUUAAGCAUCAUAAUGUUACGAGGUUAUGCAAUUCAAGGAGCAUUUUGACUGUAAACGGAAAGUGGCCGGGGCCUCGGGUGGUGGCAAGGGAAGGUGACACAGUGCUGAUUAAGGUGGUUAAUCAUAUUGCAGCAAACGUUAGCAUUCACUGGCAUGGAAUUAGGCAACUAAGAACUGCUUGGGCUGAUGGGCCUUCUUACAUAACACAAUGUCCAAUUCAGACAAACCAAUCAUACAUUUACAACUUCACAAUCACAGGACAAAGAGGAACUCUGUGGUACCAUGCUCAUAUUUCAUGGUUACGAGUAUCUAUUCACGGACCCUUGAUCAUUCUCCCCGCAAAAAAUGCAUCAUACCCAUUUCAGAAACCCUACAAGGAAGUCCCAAUUAUCUUUGCGGAAUGGUUUAAUGUAGACCCAGAAGCUAUCAUCAGCCAAGCUCUCCAGACAGGAGGAGGCCCCAACAUCUCCGAUGCUUACACCAUCAAUAGCUUCCCUGGUCCGCUUUACAACUGUUCUUCAAAAGACACAUAUAAGCUGAAGGUGAAGCCAGGAAAGACGUAUCUUCUACGAUUAAUCAACGCUGCACUCAACGAUGAGCUCUUCUUCAGCAUCGCCAACCACACCCUCACGGUGGUGGAGGUAGACGCCGUCUAUGUCAAGCCUUUUGAGACAGACAAACUCGUCAUCACACCAGGCCAGACCACCAACGUACUCCUCAAGACCAAACCCUAUUUCCCCAGUGCCACCUUCCUCAUGGCCGCCAGGCCCUAUUUCACCGGCCAAGGCACCUUUGACAACACCACCACGGCCGGGAUUCUCGAAUACGAACAUCCUCUCGGCCACAACUCACAUAUUAAGCAGCUUCCUCUGUUCAAACCAACCCUCCCUCCGAUCAAUGACACCAAUUCCGUUACGAAUUUUACAAAGAAACUUCGUAGCUUGGCCAAUUCGAAAUUCCCCGCUAAUGUUCCCCAAAGAGUGGAUAGGAAAUUCUUUUUCACUGUAGGACUUGGAACGAGGCCGUGCCCGCAAAACACAACCUGCCAAGGACCCAACGGGACCAUGUUCAUGGCGUCGGUAAAUAACGUGUCGUUUACGCUUCCGUCGGUAGCUAUUAUCCAAGCCUACUUCUUCGGGCAGUCAAAUGGAGUCUACACCACAGAUUUUCCGAACAACCCACCGGUGCCGUUCAACUACACCGGCACGCCACCGAACAAUACGAAUGUGAGCAAUGGCACGCGCACGGUGGUGCUGCCAUAUAACACAAGCGUGGAGCUGGUGUUGCAGGAAACCAGCAUUUUGGGUAUCGAGAGCCACCCUCUGCAUCUACAUGGGUUUAAUUUCUUCGUCGUUGGCCAAGGUUCUGGCAACUACGAUCCAAAUAAGGAUCCAGCAAACUUCAAUCUUGUUGAUCCAGUUGAGAGGAAUACCAUCGGAGUUCCUUCCGGUGGCUGGGUCGCCCUUCGGUUCCUAGCCGACAACCCAGGGGUGUGGUUUAUGCACUGCCAUCUCGAAGUACACACGAGCUGGGGAUUGAAGAUGGCAUGGAUAGUGUUGGAUGGACCACAGCCAAACCAGAAGUUACUGCCACCACCGUCUGAUCUUCCAAAGUGCUGACCUUCGAGUUUGGUGUGACCUUAUCCAUUACCCUUUUGCAAUUAUAACUUCACAUAAGAGUCGAAGGAAGAAAUCAAAGGCAUUUGUUUUGGAAUGCUGUUUUUCAAUCUUUCCUGCACUUAAAAAAACAUUAGUUCAGGGUAGAAAAACACAAAAACACCAUUAAUGAAUCUGAAUGUAUCUCUGAUUCAUUACGAGUAUUUUUGUCAUUUUCAAUCCUGAACUAAAGCUUUUUAAGUGCAGGAAGGAUUAUAAAAAAAAUUGUGUUUCGCAUUUGUAAGUUCGCCAGAAUAAUUUUUCAGUUACUGUGAACAGAGGUUGCUUGUAUGAAUUAAAUAAAACAAGGUGGACGCAUAUUGAAUAUUUAUUUAAUUAAUCAUAUCAUAUGUU